CAGUCUUCCAAACAUGCUUUUCAUUCGCGUUCAAUUCUCGCCGACUGACGACGACCCCACCCAGGUCCAGCUGCAACAACUGCAGUCUCAGCCCCAGGCGUCGUCUGAGCCGCGGAUGCUCGCGCUGAGCGACGACGUGACGCUCGAGACGCUGCUCGGCAUUCUCAAGCAUGCUGACGCGACGACCACUCCAACAACCCGCGCUCGCUCCACCACGGAUGCAUUUGCUGAUGAUGAUGCGCCAGUCUCGGCAUCGUCGUCGUCGUCGUCGUCCGAGGACUUUGCGUUGCUCCCGUCGCCCUCCCUGCUCAAGUAUCUGGACGUGGACGGCGAUCUCAUCACGCUGGCGUGCGAGGAGGAUUGGCAGGAAGCCAAAUUGCACGGUCUGCACCCCCGCGACCACGUUCUCCAGCUUGUUGUCAACGCAUCCGAACCAUCCGCGUGGCCACCGCUUCCCCAAGACGCGCAGCAACGCUAUGCAGAGAUUCUGUUGAAUUCGUCCGAGGACGACGACUACAUGUUUGUCGCACCCUCGCGAGCGAACGUGGCAGAGUCACCCGCGGCCAUCGCUGCAAACGAGCAAGUACAACAAGACAGGAAUGAAGACGCUUCCCCCGCUCUGGCCGCUGCUGCUGUUGCUGCUGUUGCUGCUGCUGCUGCUGCUGCUGAAGAAGACUCUCCGCUGGUUGUGCUGGACGACGAACCCGUGUUCAACUGCAACGCCCAGGCCCCGGCCGAGGCUCAGGAGGAGCAAGUGACAUUGCCCGUCGUCGUUGCUGA